UUACCUAGCUAUCACACGGAGUGGAAAAACAUUUAUUUCUUCUUUUUGUCCGGAAAAUCCGACUUUGUCUUCAUUUAGCUGGACACACGAGUACUUUAAUGAUGUAACAUGUUUCUACGAGGGUCGAAAAAGCGAAUAACCAACAGCUCGGAGGAAGCAGACGUCGGACGGCCCCGCGGAGAAGAAUGCCACGGGUGGAGGAAGAUCUGCGCGCACUUGGAGGUGGAGCAUGCCGCCCGUUGGGCUCCGGGCUGCCCGGAGAAGGCUGUAUCCAAACUGGGCCGGGACUUCCAGAGGCAUUCGAUCUCAGUCUCCGACGACGACUCGGGCUGCGCCUCCGAGGAAUACACUUGGGUUCCGCCGGGCCUUCACCCGGAGCAGGUGUACCAGUAUUUUAGCAGCUUGCCGGAGGACAGGGUGCCAUACGUCAACAGCGCAGGAGAACGAUACAGACUCAAACAGCUACUGCACCAGCUUCCCGCUCAUGACAGCGAGCCCGACUACUGCGGCUCGUUAAACGAGGACGAGAAGCGGGAGUUGCGUUCGUUCAGCCAGCGGCGGAAACGAGACAACGUGGGCCGAGGCGUGGUCAGGCUCCUCCCCAUCGCCGGAGCGCUCUGCAAACAGUGUGGCCGAAAAAUUGGUGGCGGCGAGGUGGCGGUGUUCGCUAGCCGCGCAGGAAGCGGCGCUUGCUGGCACCCGCGCUGCUUCCGCUGCGAGCGCUGUGACGAGCUGCUGGUGGACCUCAUCUACUUCUACCAGGACGGCCGCGUGUACUGUGGCCGGCAUCACGCCGAGAGGCUCAAGCCUCGCUGUCAGGCCUGCGACGAGAUCAUCUUUGCGGACGAAUGCACGGAGGCCGAAGGGAGGUUCUGGCACCUAAAGCACUUCAGCUGUUGCCAGUGCCAAGCGGCGCUGGGAGGCCAGCACUACGUCAUGAGAGCGUGCCGACCCUACUGCCGAUCCUGCUACCGAUUCCGAUACGCCCAGUGCUGCGACGCCUGCGGGGAAACCAUAGGGGUCGGUGAGAGCCAGAUGACAUACGAGGGAGGACGCUGGCACGCCGAUGACCUGUGCUUCUGUUGCGCCCGAUGCCGACUGCCUCUGUCGGGUCGGCCCUUCCUGCCCCGACGAGGGCUCCUCUUCUGCUCCGGGGCCUGCUCGCUUGUGGACCGCCCCGACGGCGCCCGCUCCUGGCGCCUCUCGUCGCCGUGUGCUUCUCCCUCGCGGCCCGCGGAGGGCGCCGAACGAUGUUGUGACAUGGAGGCAAGUGGAGACUCUCCUCUGCUCGGCAAUGCGCGCUCCCGGUCUCCUGUCCCCAACAUCAGGGGAGGGAACGGCCCCGGGCCCCCAGACCUUCCACGUCCGGGGGACGACGGCCUUUCGGAAGGAAAUUCCGGACCUGGACUGGCUAGCGUGUCUUCAAGGGGAACCUCCACCAAUCAGGACGUCGAGCAAAACGAUCGUCCCCUGAAAGACGACAUUUCGCCUGACGCACCUCCGCUUCCCGUCAAGUCUCGCCACCCGUCCGCUCCCACAACCCCGCCGCCGCCAACGUUUGAAAACGCGCCCCCUGAGUCCCCGCCCCCUUUGAGAAGUGGCCCGGCGAGGGUCAGCUUCCGAGAGCCCAUAAGCAGCAGCUACUCUGCGGACGAGGAAAGCCAAGACGACGAGCGCACGGCGGACGCCGAGGAGAAUCUGAGCCCGUGCGAGAGAGAGCGACGGGACUCGGGUUCCUCGUGCUCCACGUGUUCAUCUUCCUCCGAUUCGGAGCCAGAGGGCUACUUCCUGGGGCGGCCGAUACCGCCGCCGCUCCAAAAACGGAAAGAAGACGAAGAGCCUUCCAGAAAGAGUUUGAGGGACAGCUUCAGGCGAAGGCGUGCUGGCGACGCCAAGGACAAAGAUCCAAACUGCUCGCUUUCUUGACGCAAACGACCGGAAACAACAAUUUUUGUAUGUAAAUAUUGACUAAUCCGAGCAAAAAGACCGGACAUUGUCAACAGCAGCUCACGUUACUGUUUACAUUGUUUGAAGCUGAGCUGCUAUAGAUAUGCAAACACCCCAGUAAUGGCCACCAAACACUAUAGGGCAACAUAUACAGAUCUCUACUCGGAUUACUCAAUACAGUAUACGUAGAACAUUGUUCAUAAUUUAGAAAUCUUUUGUUGUCAAUGGUGGGCAAUGAGUUUAUUCUCUGUCAAGGGUACUUACGGGUCACUUACCCAGCAAUUCCAGGCCACUUCCUGUUUUUUGGGGUCACUUUCUGUUAACUUUGAGCCAUCUACAGAUCCCUUCGUGUAGAUUGGGUCAGUUCCUGUUAACAUUGAGCUAUUUUUAGAUCACUUCCUGUGAAUUGGGUACCUCCGGUUCAUUUUAAAGCAUUUACAGUUCACUUCUUAAUGAUUUUGGGUCACUUCCUGUGUAUUUAGCUUUAAUUCCAGGUCACUUCUUGGAUUUUGGGGUUACUUCCUGUUCGUUUGUCACCAUUUACCGGUAACUUCUUGUGGAUUGAAUAACUUCCUGUCAAUUUUCAUGGCAUUUACAGGUCACUUUCUUAUGAAUUUUGGGUCACUUCCUGGUGAUUUUGCCUCAUUGCUAGGUCACUUCCUAAACAUUUUGGGUCACUUGCUGUUAACAUUGAGUCAUUUACAGAUCACUUCCUGUGGAUUGGGUAACUUCCAGUCCAUUUUUCGGCAUUUACAGUUCACUUCUUCAUGAUUUUGGGUCACUUCCUGUUGAUUUUUGGGCAUUGCUAGGUCACUUCCUGAAAAUUUUGGGUCGCUUCCUGUUUAUUUAGCUUCCAUUCUGGCCCACUCAUGUUUAAGUUCAGUUCCAAGUCAAUUCCUGAUCAUUUUGGGCCACUUCCUGUUGAUUUUGGGUCACUUCCUGGAUGUGAUUCAGUGCCAUUGACUCAUUGGCCACCGCGAUGAAUUGACUUAUCGAGUGGCAAAUGAUUGGUCAUUUAUUUUGAUUGUCAAUAAACAAUAUAUUUGUUUAAAAUGGUCAAAAUCCUAUUUUUUUUUAACCUGUAACAUUUUUUCGGGGUCACUUCCUGUUGAUUUGGGGGUAACUAACCCAUUGGAAAUGAAUGGUAAAAAAUGAGUCUUUUGGGGUGGAUUUCAGAGGAAUGGUUUAAGGUUUUGUGGGUCUUAUACACGGAACAGGACCCAAUAGAUAUUAAUGGGAAGAUUUAAUGGGUCCAAUAACAUUGACCAUGGACUCCUAACAUAUAUAUGUGUAUAUACAGUGCUGGUCAAAUAUAUUGGCGCCCCUUCAAUUCUGUCAGAUAAUGCUCAAUUUCUCCCAGA